GGAAGCCAGUGGAGGGAUUGGCAGAGGGGGGUGGAGGACACUGAGUGGAGGCCAGUGGAGGGAUUGGCAGAGAGGGGUGGAGGACACUGAGUGGAGGCCAGUGGAGGGAUUGGCAGAGAGGGGUGGAGGACACUGAAUGGAGGCCAGUGGAGGGAUUGGCAGAGGGGGGUGGAGGACACUGAGUGGAGGCCAGUGGAGGGAUUGGCAGAGGGAGGUGGAGGACACUGAGUGGAGGCCAGUGGAGGGAUUGGCAGAGGGGGUGGAGGACACUGAAUGGAGGCCAGUGGAGGGAUUGGCAGAGGGGGGGUGGAGGACACUGAGUGGAGGCCAGUGGAGGGAUUGGCAGAGAGGGGUGGAGGACACUGAGUGGAGGCCAGUGGAGGGAUUGGCAGAGGGGGGGUGGCGGAGACGGAGCGGCAGGCCAGUGAGGAGGGAGUUGCAGAUAGGUUGGAGUCCAGAAUGACACCAAUGGGGGGUGGGGUCCGGGCUGGGGGGAAGACAAGAAACUCGGUUUUGGAGAGGUGUGUGAUUCGGGCAG